GAAUCAUUACUUUCCUUUCAGUGUCCUUCUAAUAAUACAGUAAUGAAAGUGCUCUUGUUUUAGGAGACAUAAAUAUUCACAAGAAAAUUUCUUAUAAAAUGAAUAUGAAUACACAAUCUAUUUAAGAAUAUGUAACACUAUCAAAUUAUAUGAAUCCCAACCUUUAUUCUUUAGUGAGCACACACUGAUUUACUUUUUUCUAGGGACUGGAUGUAUAUGCAGAAGACAUACAACAUAACACAGUCGUUGGUGUGCUCCACUGGAGAUGAAAAACCUUUCGCACCACAGCUGAAGCAUCUUCUGAAACAAGAGAACAAAGUUCCUCAUGAUCUUGGAAUCGUAAUCCUGUUGGCACUUUCUAUUGGAAUUCUGCAAGACUUAUACAAAAUAUUAAGACUGAGAAUGAGGUACAUGAAAUGGGAAAACUUUAAUUUCCUUCUCUGCACUACAACUACCUUCAUCUUCAUUAUAGAUAUUACAUCAUGUUCUAAAAGCACAAACAUGAGAGAGCCAGAAGUAAACAGUCGACCAAACGACGGUUUGUAUCCUGAAAAGUUCGCAUGGUGGGGCGUUCGUAAGCCGAGAACUGGCAGUGGCUGGUGGGAGUAGUAGCUGUAGUUACAUCAUGGUUGAACGUGUUACUAAUGACAAGUGCCUUUCUGAUGACAAAUGUCUUCCUAAUGACAAGAAGUGUCUCCCUGAGGACAAGAAUUUUACGCUUUUGUAGCUCAUCCUUCUUCCAAGUCAUCCACCUCCUUCGUACUCUUUUCUGGAUUACUUUUCCUCUAGUAGUCAUAGGAACACUGAUAUACAUUAUCAUACAAUAGGCAAUCAAAGGAGAAAUUGCUUAUAAUCAUGUCUGGGACAGUGUAAUUCAAGUCAUUUCUCAACCGUGGGUUGGCACAGCAAUAUAUGUUGCACUAACUAUAGUUAUCUGGUUUGAAAUGUUUGAUAAGAAAAUUAAAAAAAAAAAAAAAGUACAUGGAUAGUCAGUCUACUUUUAUUGUAGAAAUAA